GUGAUGGAGUAGGAAACAACAUGCCGGAAGUGGGCUUUCAGGAUUCGGAGUUCCAAGAGUUGGAAAGGUAACUGUAAGCCGUAAGAAAAAAAAAAGAGAGAAAAAACGGAAAUUGACGAGAGAGGAAACAGGGGGGACGCGAAAGAACAGAUUAAGAGUGUCUCGUGUUUUUUUUGUUGUUGUUCCAUUUUCAUUGCAUUCGGCUGCAGUUUAAUACAAUGGGAUUACCAGCUCUGGAAUUCAGCGACUCGUUUUUGGACAGUCCCGACUUCAGAGAUCGGCUGAAAUGUCACGAAAUUGAGCUCGAUCGCACAAAUAAGUUCAUAAAGGAGCUGAUUAAGGAUGGCAACAUGCUCAUCAGCGCUCUGAAAAAUCUUUCUGCAGCUGUGCAGAAGUUUUCACAGUCUCUUCAGGAUUUUCAGUUUGAAUGCAUUGGCGACGCAGAAACCGAUGACGAAAUUAACAUCGCUCAGUCAUUAAAGGAAUUCUCCCAGCUUUUAAACACAGUUGAAGAGGAACGACGACUUAUACAGAAUGCCGAUGACGUCUUGAUCACGCCACUGGAGAAGUUUCGCAAGGAGCAGAUUGGCGCUGCCAAAGAGGGAAAGAAGAAAUUUGACAAGGAAACUGAGAAAUAUUAUACACUGCUGGAAAAACACCUGAAUUUGUCCUCAAAAAAGAAAGAGUCCUUUUUACAAGAGGCAGAUACCCAGAUCCACAAGGAGCGACAGAUGUUUUGUGAUGCUUCACUUGAAUAUGUUUUCAAAAUCCAAGAAGUGCAGGAGAAAAAGAAAUUUGAGUUUGUUGAGCCGCUCCUGGCUUUUCUCCAAGGACUGUUCACAUUUUACCACGAGGGUUAUGAGCUGGCUCAUGAAUUUGAGCCAUACAAACAGCAACUUCAGUUCAACCUACAGAAUACAAGGAAUAAUUUUGAGAGCACCAGACAGGAAGUGGAGAAUCUGAUGCGAAGGAUAAGGUCAGCAGAGCAGGACUUCAAAGCCCCUGGACAGUGGACUAUGGAGGGCUUUCUUUAUGUGCAGGAGAAGCGUCCUCUUGGAUUUACGUGGAGCCGACACUAUUGCACCUAUGACAAAGAGACCAAAAUGUUCACCAUGAGCAGCUCUGAAAUCAAAUCUGGAAGCAAACAGAACGGUCUGGUUCUGAGUCCACCUGAAAUGUUUAAACUCAGGUCAUGCAUCAGGAGAAGGACAGACUCCAUCGACAAGCGAUUUUGCUUUGAUAUUGAAGUGGUGGAAAGGCAUGGUAUCAUCACCCUGCAGGCUCUGUCUGAAUCCAAUAGACGUCUGUGGAUGGAGGCCAUGGAUGGAAAAGAGCCAAUUUACACCCUUCCAGCACUUCUGAACAAGAAAGAAGAAACAUUCCUAAAUGAGGCUGGGUUUAACUUCGUCAAGAAGUGCAUUCACCUUGUAGAGACAAGAGGCAUCCAAACAAUGGGUCUGUACAGGAUUGGAGGAGUGAACUCUAAAGUGCAGAGACUUAUGACAUCUGUGUUUGCUGCCAAAGCUCCCGCAGACAUGGACCUUGACCCGGACACUUGGGAUAAUAAGACCAUCACCAGCGGACUCAAAAAUUACCUCAGGUGUCUGGCUGAACCCCUGUUAACCUACAGACUUCACAAAGACUUCAUCAUGGCAGUCAAGUCAGAUGAUCAGAACUACAGGGUCUGUGCAGUUCACUCGCUCGUGCACAAGCUGCCGGAGAAGAACAGAGAGAUGCUGGACCUCCUGAUCAAACAUCUGCUUGUGGUUUCCACACACAGCCAGAAAAAUCUGAUGACGGUAUCUAAUCUCGGCGUGAUCUUCGGCCCUACCCUGAUGCGCUCCCAAGAGGAGACCGUGGCUGCCAUGAUGAACAUCAAAUUUCAAAACAUUGUGGUGGAGAUUCUUAUAGAGAACUAUGAGAAGAUCUUUCAUCAGUCUCCAGAUCCCAAUGUGCCUUUACCUCAGCCUCAGGCUCAAUCACGAUCCAGCUCACGCCGCAGCAAACCCAUCUGCCUACCAGGCACUCGCAAGUCCAGGGGCCUGUACUCACCUGCUCUCUGCCUGGCUGAUGCUGACAGUGACACGUUCAGCAGCAGUCCUAGCAGCACGCCCAUGGGCAGCCUGGAGUCUUUGUCUUCUCAUUCAUCAGAGCAGAAUGGCUGCUCCAAAGCGACCUCUCCCUCACGCGCCAAACACAAGAUUUCAGGCAGCUUGUGCUGGACCACCCCGUCCCCAUCCUCUGAUGGCCCUAAAAGCCCAGGUGGCACAACCAGUCCUGUCAGCUCUAAAGAGGAUGCAGCUAAGACAGAUGGCGAGUGGGAGGAGGCUUUGAGUGUUCUUCCACAAGAGCGAGUUUCCCCAACUCCAGAGUUGCCUAACAAAGCUGAGGAGGAGAACGCCGAGGUGCAAAGGUCAGGGCGCGGAUCCAGCAUGUCCUCCUGCUCCUCCCUCACUUCCCUUCACAUCUCUGAAGGUUUCCGGAGCUGCCAUGGUUCAGUUCAGAGUUUGGUUUCUCGCAGUAACAGAGACAGCCUGAAGUCACUGCCUUUACCAGACCUCCCUGUUAAAGGCAAAUGCAGCCUGGACUCAUCAGGGAGCAACGGAUACCAGAGGCCUGGCUCUGUGGUGGCCUCCAGAGCAGCGUUCUUUGAAAGCCCUGUGUUCUCCCAGCCGGCCGCUGCUGGAAGGGAGGCCAAAGCCAUAUAUUCCUGCCAAGCGGAGCACAGCCAUGAACUCAGCUUUCCUAAGGGAGCUCAUUUUAACAAUGUUCACCCGUCAGUGGAACCAGGCUGGCUGCAAGCUACAUAUAAUGGCAAGACUGGUUUAAUCCCAGAAAAUUACGUGGUGUUCCUUUAGCCAGCCCUGAAAGCAGACAUAGCAAGUCCAUGGUAUCCAUGGUGAUCAUUUCUCCAUAAAGGAACCGUUUUGUAUAUUCCUGACAUGCAGUAUGUGAAUAGUUUGAAUGUGUAGUUUUAAAAAUACAACAUUAACCACA